CAAGUCUGUAAUCCCAGCACUCUGGGAGGCUGAGGCUGGUAAAUUGCCUGAGCUUACAAGCUCAAGACCAGCCUGAGCAAAAGCAAGACCCUGUCUCUAAAAAUAGCUGAAUGUUGUGGUGGGCAAUUGUAGUUCCAACUGCUUGGGAGGCUGUGGCAAGAGAACUGCUUGAGCCCAAGAGUUUUAGGUUACUGUGAGCUAUGAGCCACAGCACUUUACCAGGGGCAAGAAACUGAGACUCUGUCUCAAAAGAAAAAAAAUAGUACAAGGAAUAGGAGUGGCAGGAGAGAGCAGAAAUAGGUGGGACUAGCUUAAGGAAGGUAGAAAAAUCUCUGCAUGUGUCUAAAGAAUUGAUUGGAAAAGAGCUAUUGGAUGUAGGAAAACUAAUGGAGAGAAUUGUAGUGGAAGAGGGGAGCAGAAAUUGUGAGAACUGAAGUGGGAAUGAAGAAAAGAUUUAGAGAAGAGACUUAUGGUGGAAUGGAUAGGAUUUUGGAUCUGGAGAGCUAAGAAUAAAUAAAGGAUAACAAGCUUUUUCUAGUUUGGAAGACCAAGUAGGUCAUAAUGUCAUCAAUGAAUUAGCAAAUUAGGAAUGAGUUAAACACGAAAUAAUUGGGAAAUAAGGUACGGUGUGUGUUAAGGGAGACGUGAAUAUUUCUAGCCAUAAGUUCUGUAGAAAUUCAGAAGAAGAGAUAUUGGCCACUAAUAGAUAUUCUUUGUGGAGGAGGUCAGUGAGGGCACUUCAGAGAGGCUGGAAAGCACAAGGCCUAUGUGGGUGCUGUUCCACUGAGAGUGGAGCUAAAAUGUGAAGAACAGAUCACUUCAUUUUCCUCUUUUCAGAGUUCCCCACCCAAGAUGACUUCAGUGACUAGAUCAGAGAUUAUGGAAGAACAACCAGUGAUGUCUAAGACUCAUGAUCAUCAAUUGGAAUCAAGUCUCAGCUCUGUGGAAGUGUGUACUAAAUCAUCUGCCUACCCGGAGAUGACUCAAGGUGUUUCAAAGGAAAGAAUUUACCUUGACUCUAGCCUCACAAAAGGGGGAAGUUGUGAUCCCAGCCACCAGGAAGGACUUCAGUCAAGGUCCCUUCGUUUGUCUCCACAAGAGCAAUCUACCCAUCAUCAAGACAGGAGGCAAUCCUGGCGGCGAGCAAGUAUGAAAGGAACGAACCGGCGGAAGUCAUUGCAUCCCAUUCACCAGGGCAUCACAGAGCUCAGCAGGUCCAUCAGCGUCAAUUUAGCAGAAAGCAAACGGCUUGGCUCUCUUCUGCUUUCCAGUUUCCAGUUCUCUGUUCAGAAACUUGAACCUUUCCUAAGGGAUUCUAAAGGCUUCAGUGUUGAAAGUUUUAGAGCCAAAGUAUCUUCUCUUUCUGAAGAAUUGAAGCAUUUUGCAGAUAGGCUAGAAAGUGAUGGAACUCUACAAAAAUGUUUUGAAGAUUCAAACAGAAAAGCAUCAGAUUUGUCUCUGGGAGCAUCAGUGGCUGAGAUGAAGGAAUACUUAAACAAGUUUUCUGUAGAAAGUCAGACUUGGGAUCAGCUCUUGCUGCGCUACCAGAAGGAGGCUGAAGAAAUACUAUCCAGAGGCUCUACUGAAACAAGAGUGGAAUCUGUGACAUAUAAUGGGUCUUCACAGAGUGAAAUUCUCAGUACAAAGCCUGACUACCAGAAAAUAUUACAGAACCAGAACAGAGUUUUUGAUUGUAUGGAGUUAGUGAUGGAUGAAUUGCAAGGAUCUGUGAAGCAGCUGCAGGCCUUUAUGAAUGAAAGUACCCAGUGCUUCCAGAAGAUGUCAGCACAGCUUGGGAAGAGAAGCAUGCAACAAUUAGAUCCCUCACCAGCUCGGAAACUACUGAAGCUUCACCUUCAGAACCCGCCUACUACACCUGGAUCUGGAUCUGGUCAGUGACCUUACACAGCUUUUCUGGGACAGGUGCUCAGGAGGAGAAGAAUAGGAAGAGUGUCCCACCACAUGACAGCACGGAGAUUUCUAUCCUGUUACUUUAGAGGAUAACUGGCUGACUAUAGAGCACGUUGACUUUUUUCUAAAAAUGAUAGAAUUUAUACAUCCAAAAGAAUGUUAUAUAUAUGAUAUUUUUUCCAGGAAUGUACAAAAUACUUGAAAUUUCUUUUCUGAAAUGACCUUCAGAACUAGUGGCCCAUGCUUUUAUAUAUCCUUCAUGGUCAGAAAUCUUUAUCUUUUGAAGGCAUUUUUCAGGUUUUGAAACAACCAAAGGCAUUUAGAACCAAGUCUGAUGAGACAUUUUUAGGAGCCAGGUUGAAAUUGGUUGUGCAAGAAUGAGACUAAUUUUCUAGUGUGGCUGUGCAGGUGAUUUUAAAUAGAAGAGUUUUGAGCAUUUUGUGAAUCAAUGGGAUUCAUAUAUCAAUUCAUAAGAUGUCCAAUUGGAAGGAAAUACUUCUCAUUCUCUAUGUGCUAUUGUAUAUAGCGUGUUUUAGUUUUUAAUAUUCAGUUCAUCUCCUAAAUCCUGGAUUCAUAGCAAGAAGGGGCUAAGUACUACUUUUAAUUGUUCUUUGUUUUUUUUUGUAAUCUGCAUUAUAAAAUUGCUCAUUAUUAAAAGC